GAGCAUCCGCGGGGACGGGUCCUGCUUCCGCCGCGGCACAAUGGCGGGGCGGCGGUAGGCGCCGGGUCGUGGCGGCCGGUGGGGAUCACGGAGCUGAACAGCAAUAGCCAUGGGAGAUGCUGCAAAACAUUGCUUUGCCAAACAAAACAAAGAACAGGAAACUUUACAUCAGGAAGAAUUAAAAUAUAGUUCCUUACAGAAAGACUGCCGAGUCAUGGAUGAAUACGGCAAUGGCCAUAGCAAUAAAAUAGAUACCAACCCGCAAAGGAAAAAGGGAACACCAAGUCAUUAUGGAAGCAGUCCCAGACAAGGGCCACGCAAUGUUUUGAGUAGCCCAAAUUUACUUAAAAUCACAACUUGCAGUCAAGGGGCAAAGUUAAAUGAUACUCAGAGAGACCAAAUGAAGAAGUGGGUAUCUGAUGACCACCAUGGUCCUUCUGACAGCUGGAGGGAGUACAGAUCUGUUGCCUGGAUGCCAGUGUAUAGCAAGUCAAGAAGGGGCUCUCUUCAUGAGGUUGAAGGUGCUGGAAACAGAAAUACAAGACGACAACUUCAGGAAGACUUAAUGAGUGAAAUUGUGCCAGACAUGCAGAGAGGAAGCUCUGAAAUGAAGAAGCUUAGGAAACCAAGAAGAUCAAGAAGAACUAGAAAGGAUGACUAUGAUCAAGAUGAAGUGAAUGGUCCAGUCAUAGAUGAGUCUGUGCUAUCAGAAAAAGAACUUCUAGGGUUGCGGCAAGCUGAAGAACGAUUGAAGCGAGACUGCGUUUAUCGACUGAAGAAGCAACCUCGAAGCUACCCAUCAGCAAAAUAUACCUGCAAAUUGUGUGACGUUUUGAUUGAGUCUGUGGCUUUUGCUCAUAAGCAUAUUAAAGAGAAAAGACACAAGAAAAGCUUCAAGGAAAAGCAAGAAGAAAGGCUGCUGACAGCUCUACCUCCUCCAACGGCUUCCCAGAUACAAGCUAUUGGUGUUGCUAUUGAAAAUGUAGUGCAGCAGUUUGGCUUAAAUAAUGAAGAUCUAGAAGAAAGGCUCAACAUCAAAACAGUGAUGGAAAACUUACUGCAGCAAAAAUUGCCAGAGUGCUCAUUAAGAUUGUAUGGCUCCUCCUAUAGCAGUUUUGGUUUCAAAACUUCAGACAUAAACAUAGAUAUCCAGUUUCCUGCCAGUAUGACCCAACCAGACGUUCUCUUACUUGUGCAAGAAAGUCUCCAGAACAGUGAAUCUUUUACGGAAGUUGAUGCAGAUUUCCAUGCUAGAAUACCGGUGGUGGUGUGCAGAGAAAAACAAAGUGGCCUUAUUUGUAAAGUGAGCGCAGGGAAUGAGAAUGCUUGUCUGACAGCAAACCAUUUGGCUGCACUUGGAAAACUGGAACCUACUGUAGUACCUUUAGUGAUUGCCUUCAGGUACUGGGCAAAGUUGUGCUGUGUUGAUCAUCCUGAAGAGGGAGGCUUGUCACCUUAUGUGUUCGCUUUAAUGGUUAUUUUCUUUCUACAACAGAGGAAAGAGCCUUUUCUACCUGUAUAUUUGGGAUCAUGGAUUGGAGGAUUCUCAGAAAACAAAUUAAGUAAUUUUCAUCUGAAAGAAGUAGAGAAUGGUGCUGUGGUUUGGGAGUAUAACCCCAUGGAUGAUUCUGAUUUGCCACAAGAAGUUUCCCCAAGCAGGGGCAAGGUUCCUUUAGUGUUUGGUUCAGGACAGCAGUGUUCAGCACCUGCUGGUCAGCUCUGGGUAGAACUGCUGCGUUUCUAUGCCUUGGAGUUCAACAUGGCCGAUUCAGUUAUUAGCAUACGGCUCAAAGAAGCAGUGUCUCGUGAAUCAAAGGACUGGCCUAAGAAACGCAUUGCUGUGGAAGACCCAUAUUCAGUCAAAAGGAAUGUGGCAAGAACUCUGAACAGCCAGUUAGUGUAUGAGUAUAUUCUCCACUGCCUAAGAGCAACUUACAAGUAUUUUGCCUUGCCUCACAAAAAAAGUGCAAAAUCAAGCAAAAAAUCCUCUCCAAAUGCUAAUAAGGAUAAAUCCCAAAUGCUGAACUAUGGAAAAGGUGGUAUAAAGCAUGAAAACCCUGAACUGAAAAAUCUGGAUGGUACAACAAACACAGCUGUAGUGGGAGAUGAUGUAACUGAGACUAUAGGUGUGGCUCAGGCACACCAAAUGGAUCCUUCAAGGCUCUAUGAUGGCUCAGAAAGCUUCACAGAAGAAGAACUGGCUGAUGAUAUAAGUAAUUUAGGAAUUGCCCAUGAUGAUUCAGACUGUAUAAUUGAGGAAGUUAUUUCUGGAGAUAAUGAGGAUUUUAAACCAAGUUGUGAAGAGACAGAGAGUGGAAAUGAAGAGGAAGAAGAAGAGGAAGAACAUGAACAACAAAAAAGAAGGUGGAAUAAUAUUUUGUCUACUGAGCAGGGAAUAGAUGAAGACAGUGAUAGUGGAGAUCUUGCUGUUACAGUGAAUGAACAUGAUACAGAGACAUGUAGUACUUCAGACUUAGAAGGUUUUCAAAACACUGCACUUACAGAGAGUGAUGAGUUUGGUUUAGAGUGCAGUGGUAUAAUGGAUAACAAGAUUGACAUCGAUGAGCAGAGCACUGAAGGUACUGAUGAACUGGAUGAAUCCCCAAAAAAAUUCCUAUGUUCAGCACAGAGUCAAAUGUUGCAAAUUAUUAACUUGGAUGAUGAGGAGGAAGAGGAGGAAGAAGCAAGUCUUCUAAACCAGAGAGAGCGUGGUGUUAGAAGAGCUGGAGAUGACCUAGAUAACACGUACACAGGGUCUGGAGAUGACGAUGCACUGUCAGAAGAAGACUUUUCCAUCCCCAAUAAAUACGAGGACAAACAUUUUGAAGUGAGUGUGGAAGGACCUCUGAGGAUCAGUUUGAGUCAAGAGGAUCUUACUGAGAAGGGACGCCUUUUUGAAGACUACACAGCAACAGAACAGUGUUCGGAAUCUGAGCUCUUCUAUGAAUUCAGUAAACCAGCUUUUACAAAGGGCAAGUCUCCUACUGUGGUAUGUAGCUUGUGCAAACGAGAAGGUCAUUUAAAGAGGGAUUGUCCAGAAGACUUCAAGAAAAUUGAACUUGACCCACUGCCAAUGCUAACACCCAAAUUUUCAGUUAUUCUAGAUCAAGUUUGUGUCCAAUGUUACCAUGACUUUGCUCCAAAUAUUGUAGAGGAUCAGGCUCGGGAACAUAUAAGACAAAGUCUGGAAAACUUCAUUAGACAGGAUUUCCCAGGAACCAAGCUGAAUUUGUUUGGCUCCUCAAAAAAUGGCUUUGGCUUCAAACAAAGUGACCUUGAUAUCUGUAUGACAAUGGAUGGGCGAGAAACUGCUGAGGGACUUGACUGCAUCAGAAUAAUUGAAGAUUUAGCAAAAGUUCUCAACAAGCAGUCAGGUUUAAGAAAUGUUUUGCCUAUAACAACUGCUAAAGUCCCCAUUGUAAAAUUUUUCCAUGUUAGAAGUGGUCUUGAAGUAGACAUCAGUUUAUAUAAUACUCUGGCCUUGCAUAACACAAGACUCCUAUCAUCAUAUGCAGCCAUUGAUCCUAGAGUGAAAUACCUGUGUUACACAAUGAAAGUCUUUACAAAGAUCUGUGACAUUGGAGAUGCAUCACGAGGCAGCCUUUCUUCUUAUGCAUAUACUCUUAUGGUGCUUUAUUUUCUUCAGCAGAGAAAUCCACCUGUCAUUCCUGUUCUUCAAGAGAUCUACAAAGAACCAAAAAAGCCUGAAAUUUUAGUUGAUGGCUGGAACGUUUAUUUCUUUGAUAAGAUAGAGGAGUUGUCAGCUGUUUGGCCAGACUGUGGCAAAAACACUGAAUCUGUUGGGCAACUGUGGCUGGGACUUCUUCGUUUCUACACAGAAGAAUUUGAUUUUAAAGAGCAUGUCAUCUGCAUUAGGAGGAAAAAUCUGCUUACAACUUUCAAGAAACAGUGGACCUCCAAAUACAUUGUAAUUGAAGAUCCCUUUGAUUUGAACCACAAUCUUGGAGCUGGAUUGUCAAGAAAAAUGACAAAUUUUAUAAUGAAGGCCUUUAUCAAUGGCAGAAGGGUAUUUGGUACUCCUAUAAAAAUAUUUCCUAAAGAAUAUCCAUCAAAAAUGGAGUAUUUUUUUGAUCCAGAGGUACUAACAGAAGGAGAACUGGCACCAAAUGAUAGAUGCUGCAGAAUUUGUGGUAAAAUUGGCCAUUUCAUGAAAGAUUGUCCCAUGAGAAGAAAUUUCUACUUCUAGAAUCCUGUUGCUCCCAACAAGACACAUCUUGGUGAUGUUCACAGGAACAUGCAUUUCGUGACAAAAAGGCAAGACAAGGAUGUCAUAGCUUUAUUUUUCUUACACACACACAUAUGAGAACAGUGUCCUGUUUUGCAUCCAAGAGGUUUCCUUAUCCUGAGUAACCAGACCUCCAAAAUUCAGCAGCUGUCUUGCAACAAAUAAGUGCUAAAAUGACGUGCCUCCUUUCUGUAUUAUGAACUGACUAAACUUAAAACUGAUCUAUUGAUUUUUUUUUCCUAAUUAAGACAAAGCACUUUAAAGAUUUAUGUCUAUAAAAUAGUGAAAAUCAGCAAAUAAGUUCAAAAGAACAAAAUCAUUAAUGCCUUUGUGCUCACUUGUAAGGUGAAUGUAAAAAUCAAACCUUUAUUUAGAGUCUGUCUUAAAAGCUGUAAUCAAAAAUCACCCACACUUUUAUAAAAUCAUAGAAUCAUAAAAUACCAGGUUGCAAGAGACCUCAAAGAUCAUCUGGUCCAACAUUUCUUGGCAAAAUCAUGGUCUAGGCAAGAUGGCUCAGCACCCUGUAUUGCUCUAUCUUAAAAAUGUCCAGUGUUGGGGAAUCCACCACCUCCCUUGGGAAGGGAGGUUAUUCCAACUGCUGCUUGUUCUUAUUGUGAAAAAUUUUUCUCUUGUGUCCAAUCGGGAUCUCCCCAGGAGCAACUUGUGCCCAUUACUUCUUGUCUUUUCCAUGUGUCUUUUUGUGUUUGCAAAACAUUAUUUGCCCCUGGUGAAUCUGUGCUGGCUUUCCCUAAUCACAUACUUCAUUUGUCUUGUGACUCUGCUUUUUCAACAUUGUUGGUGACUAGUUCACCUGUACUCUAUAACACUGGGCCAAUAUUCUCCUUCUGUUUCUGCUUAUUUACAUAUCUGAAGAACCCCUUCUGUUAGUCUUUGACAGCUCUGGUCAAUUCCAAUUCAAGCUGAGCUUUUGCUUUUCUAACUGCAUGUCUGCACACCCUGGCAAUGCCUUGUACCUCUUAAUGGGUAUUUGUCUGCUUUUGCAUCUCUGGUAUGCUUCCCUUUUGGUUUUGAGCAAACUCAGAAGCUUGCAGUUAAGCCAAAGGGGUCUCCUAUUCCACCCACUUCCCUCACCUUUAAAGUGGAUUAACUCUUCUUGUGCUUCCAGAAGAAUGUUCUUGAAAAACUCACAGCACUUGUAGCUCCUUUAUUCUCCAUGGAAGCUUCCCACGGCAUCCCUUCCAAAUGAUCUUUGAGCAAGCUAAAGUUUACCCUCCUAAAAUCUAAAAUUUUUUUCUUCCUGCUAACCUUCAGCAUGUUCAUCAGUAUCCCAAACACCACUGCAUUUCAAUCAUUGCAGCUAAGGCUGUCACUAAGCAAGGUAUUACAAAGCAGAUUUUCUUGGUUUGUGAGUAUCAAGUCCAGUAAUGCCUUAUUCCUGGCUGCCAUAUCUAACAUUUGCAUGAAGAAGCAGUUCUCUACACAUUCCAGGAACUUGAUGGAUGACAUGCAAGCUGCUUUAUUUUUUCUUCUGAUAAAGAAGCCCAAACACCUGCAGUUGCUGCCUAAGAGAUACUUGAGCACAUACCUGCCCUGGUAGUACUUAUUUGUGGACUGGAGUUGUUUGUGAUUUUGUUCUUUGGUUGUUUUUUGCCUUUUUUUUUUUUCUGAACCUGAUUCUCCCAUUUUCCUCAACAAGCUCUUCUGUGGCAGCCAGUUUCAUAUGUAUGCUAGACUGUUUCUCAUGUUUAAAGCUGAUAACAUUUUAGUUUCCUAAGCAUCCCAUAAUCCUAGCCUUGUGGGAUUUAGUAACGCUACUGUCUUGAUGAUUCUGUAAGCCAUGGUAAUGCUCACCCUCUAACUUCUCUUCAGGUUGGAAAGUCUUAACCUUUUUAGUCUCUCUUCCUUAGACACUUGCUCUCUUCAUCAUUUAGCUUUCUUUCUCUGCAUCCCCUAACUCUACUUCUUCCUUCUUAAAAUAUUAAGACCAGACCAACAUGUAGUACUCGGAUGUAGGCAUGCAAUGGUUUUAUGUAGCAACAAAAUGAUGUAUUUUUUCCUGUUCUUAGUGUUCUAUUCAUCCUAACACUACACUCCUUGAUGAGAGUCCCUCCUCAUCUUUUCUAUAGGCCCCCUGUUGAGUACUGAAAGGCUUCUAUAAGGACUCCCUGGACCCUUCUCUCUUCCAGGCUAAAAAACACCCAACACUCUUAGCCUGCUCUCACAGGGGAGGUGCUCUCAUCAUCUUUGUUACCUUCCUCUGGACUCGCUUCAACAGCUCCACAUCCUUCUUGCUUUGGGGACUCCAAAAUUGGAUUCAGAGCAGAGGGGCUUCCCUCAGUCUGCUGGCCACUCUUUUGAUGCAGCCUAAGACUGGCUUUCAUCAGCAUACAUUGCUGACUCAUAUUCAGUUUUUCAUCCACUAAUACCUCCCAAGUCCUUGUCUUCUGGGCUGCUCUCAAUCCGCUCAUCACCCAGUUCAUAUCCAUGUUCAGGAUUGCCCUGACCCUGUUGCAGGAUCUUGCACUUGGCCUUGUUGAACCUCAUGAGGUUCACAUGGACACACCUCUCAAGCCUGCCAAGAUUCAUCUUGAUGGCCUCCCUUUGGUCUAAUCAACCACAGUACUUAGUAGGUGUCAUUAGCAAACUUGCUGAAGGUGCACUCAGUCCAACUGUCCAUAUCCCCAGUUGCUGACUAGGAAUUGAAUUGUACAAAAAAAAAUAAAUAGAACUAUAGCCUAUUUUUAUACCUUGUUAGCAUUUUGCUCAGUGUUUCUGUUCCACUGUAUUUUCAGCUUCAGCACACAGAUUUUCUGUUAUAUUUUUUGAGAUAUAAUGAUUAGAAUUUAAGGCUGUAUUGUAAUCUAAUUAUAAAGUUAAAUUAUUAUAUAUUACAUCAAUGUAGCACUGCUUGGUAGGAGAGUCAAAGUUUCAAGUACAUUAAAUAAUUUUAUUUAACCUGCUGAAGGAAUAUGUGAAAUACAUCUGUUAUGUAAUCAAGAGCAGACAGCACUUGGUUUACUUUUCUUUUUUCUCUGUGUGUGCCUGUGAACUCUGCAGCAUUUUUCUGCUCUUGCAGACUAAGACGACGUCGUGAUUAUGAAGACAGCAAAAACCAGAGGUAUGCAGAAAGCAAGGACAAAAGAAGCAAGGAGGAU